AUGGAGGUGUCCUACUGCUCUACUCUCCAGGAAAACUCUUUCCUCUUUGACUGUGAGUCCCUGCUGGAGAAAUCUUAUGAUCCUGUGGCCUAUGAUCCAGUCUCGGACCCGGGUUACUUCAGCGCAGGCAGCAGCCUGUCUCCCACCUCGUCUGUGGACUCCUUUUGCUUCUCCCCCACCUCCUUCCAGUCUACCAGAAAUGAACAAGAAGCCUUGGACUGUUUCAUCUUCAGCAGCCCUGAAGCUCCUUGUCCUACCCAGGAGACACAGCCUCUGCCCAGUUCCAGGCCAUCCACAACCACCUCAACCACAAAGAAAUCAAGGUCCAGGUACCCAGGGAAGAAGCGCCAGACGGCCAGUGAGAGGGAGAAGCUGAGGAUGAGGGAUCUGACCAAGGCUCUGCAUCACCUCAGGACAUACCUGCCACCCUCAGUGGCACCUGUAGGACAGACCCUGACCAAGAUCGAGACACUGCGCCUCACCAUCCGCUACAUCUCCUACCUGUCAGCCCAGCUGGGCCUCAGCGAGGAGGCGCUGGAGCAGAGGAGAUCCUCAGGCUUCAUGGAGCAACCCCAAACCCUGAGCCAGUUCAUGGUUCAGCCAACAGCCAGCUACAGUCCACAGGAAUCAGCCUGUAACACCAUAAGCACAGACCAGCUGUCCUCCCUCCAGCACACAUAUCAGGUUUCUAGUGGAGUUUGCUUCACCAGCGAGCAGUACUGGACGCCUCAGCAGGAACUACAAAAUGUCACAUUCCCUGGACAGUGCUGA